AUGCUCAACGCUUACUACAUCUGCCACAACGCCGCCGCCUUCCUGCAGUUCCGGGGCCACCCCUGGCCUGGCUCUCUCAGAAGGAAGGGGAAAGGGAAGAGAAGGAGGAAGCUGAGGGCCACGCUGGAUGAGUACACCACCAGAGUGGGGCAGCAGGCCAUCGUGCUGUGCAUCUCACCCUCCAAACCCAACCCUGUCUUCAAAGUGUUCGGUGCUGCACCCCUGGAGAACGUGGUGCGCAAGUACAAGAGCACCAUCCUGGAGGACCUGGAGUCGGCGCUGGCCGAGCACGCCCCGGCCCCCCAGGAGGUGAACUCAGAGCUGCCCCCCCUCACCAUCGAUGGCAUCCCCGUCUCCGUGGACAAAAUGACCCAGGCACAGCUGAGAGCCUUCAUCCCCGAGAUGCUGAAGUACUCCACGGGUCGUGGGAAGCCAGGCUGGGGCAAGGAGAGCUGCAAGCCCAUCUGGUGGCCCGAGGACAUCCCGUGGGCCAACGUGCGCAGCGACGUGCGCACCGAGGAGCAGAAGCAGCGGGUGUCCUGGACCCAGGCCCUGCGCACCAUCGUCAAGAACUGCUACAAGCAGCACGGCCGCGAGGACCUGCUCUACGCCUUCGAGGACCAGCAGACGCCGCAGACCACGACCACGCACAGCAUCGCCCACCUGGUGCCCUCCCAGACCGUGGUGCAAACCUUCAGCAACCCCGACGGCACCGUGUCCCUCAUCCAGUGNACCCAGGUGAGUGCACAGGGGACCCAGGUGAGCACACAGGGGACCCAGGUGAGCGCACAGGUGACCCAGGUGAGCGCAGAUGUGACCCAGGUGAGCGCAGAUGUGACCCAGGUGAGUGCAGAUGUGACCCAGGUGGAGCAGAACUGGGCCACGCUGCAGGGAGGGGAGAUGACCAUCCAGACGACGCAGGCCUCGGAGGCCACGCAGGCGGUGGCAUCGCUGGCCGAGGCGGCGGUGGCGGCGUCGCAGGAGAUGCAGCAGGGAGCCACUGUCACCAUGGCACUCAACAGUGAAGCCGCUGCCCACGCCGUCGCCACGCUGGCCGAGGCCACCCUUCAGGGAGGGGGACAGAUUGUCCUGUCUGGGGAAACUGCAGCAGCAGUGGGAGCGCUCACAGGAGUCCAGGAUGCCAAUG